AUGGCUCCGGCUCAAGUUACCGUCGAUUACUACGCCAUUCUCGAGGUGGACCAGUCGGCGGACGAAGCGGCCAUUCGGUCAAAUUAUAGGCGACUAGCAAAGCUACAACAUCCAGACAAAAAUCCCAACGACACCGAAGCUACGGCUCGGUUCCAAGCGCUCUUAGCGGCGUACUCGACCCUCUCCGACGCGAGCGCCCGACAUAUUUACGACAUCCAGUAUGCAGGCAUCAAAGCGAGCCGCGCCAGCACCACAAGCGGGAAUACUAAAAACGGCCCGACCUCCCAAUCAAACGAUAAGAACGCCCAUUCGGACGGUGCGUUUAACCAGUCGAUAAGGGACCUUCAACAAUCAAUAAACAAUUUGCGGAAGAACCAUGCAUCACUUCAGGUUCAAACGGACGCAGUCAAAAACGACCUCAGUCAAGCCGAAGCGGCACUCCGUAAACUGCGAGAUGAGGAGCAGAAAGCAAAGGACGAAGAUGUCAGACGAAAUACCUGGCUUGGCUAUUUCUUCAUGGCGCGAUUGUCAACCGAGGAGAAGGAAGCAAGGGAGCGGCGAGAUGUCGAGCGUAGGGCGGCCCAGAGGGUACGGACUGCCGAAGUGGAGCGACUUCGGGCGCGGGUUACUGGCUUCGAGACCCGUUUGAGCAAUAUUACCAAGAGCAUUGCGGAAAAGCAAACCGAAAUAUCUCGGGCUUGGGCGCGGGAAAUGGCACGUCAGGCAGCCAUGAAGCGAGAAGAAGAAGAGCGGAACCGAGCGAAGAUGUGGGAGGAGCGACGGGCGAGGGAGGCCGAGAGAGAACGAAAAGAAGCCGAAGAGGCCGCGAGAAAAUUGAGGGAAUGGGCAGAACGACGGGCCCGGGAAGCAGAGAGAGAAGCAGCCGAGGCGGAGAGGAUGUUCAAGGAAUGGGAGCAGCGACAGGCUAGAGACGCCGAGAGAGAACGGAAACAAGCGGAAGAGACCGACAGAAAAUUCAGGGAAUGGGUGGAAUCUCAAGUGAACGAGGGUGCCCAGCCUUCGCGGAAAAGAAAUAAGAAGAAGAAACAGGAGAGCCAAGCUUGUUUACACAAGGGUUGGUGGACUCGCGAGUCGGGCCGUGCAGUCUGUCAGGAAUGCAACAGCGUCAUGCCGCGCUUCGCCUUCCGAUGUCCCGGAUGCCAGAUGGUCGCGUGUGCUUCAUGCCGUGAGGCCUUGAAGAGAAGGGCAAGCUGA